AUGAGAAGCAAACUGUCCGCUACAGGAUCUUUGAAAAUCACGCCCACGGCCUCUCCGAUUCUCAAACCUUCCCCAAAACCGGCCUCCAAAUCUUCCUCUCACCUGUGCACGCUCUCACUACGGACUGUAAUCGGCACCACGACAUCAGAUCCCAAUGGAUUUUCCUAUCAUGAAUCUAGUCGAACACUUGCUUUGUGUGCCGGGUCGGCUGCAGUCUUGGUUGAGCUGGAUGACGAGCUGAACAUCCACCAACAAUUUUUUCGCGCCCGCCCUACUGCUACUGGGCUUAAUCCAGUACCCUCUUACUAUAAUAACACACAAACCCCUCCUAUUACUCCUGAUACGCGUCCAAGGGUCCUGCAGGUAGCUCCAAGAUUGACAGGAGGCAGCAUCCCUUAUGCAAGUACUCCCAGCAAAUGGGGUGAGGCUGCCUCAUCACGGACAUGGAGCUCGCGAGAGCGGAUCAAGGCUGUCACAAGUGUAGCUUUGAGCCCUAAUGGUAGAUUUUUGGCGGUGGGAGAGAGCGGUUAUAACCCCCGCGUUUUGAUUUUUUCAACGGCAAAUGAUUCUCCACCGGAUAUCCCCUUGUCUAUUUUAGCGGAGCAUAGCUUUGGCGUUCAGAGUCUUUCAUUCAGCCCUAACUCACAAUAUUUAGCUUCACUGGGGGAUAUUAAUGACGGUUUUCUUUUCAUCUGGAUGGUAAAUUUAAAAAAUGGCGCUGCCAGACUUCAUUCUGCAAACAAAUGCACUUCAUUCAUUCGGGAUAUGUGCUGGCUAGGGGACACUCUCAUCACGGUAGGAGUAAGGCAUAUUAAAAUCUGGCGAUUAAGUGAUGUGACGCCGAUAUCGCCUCCGAAGGCGAAAUCUAGCCUUGAACCUGCAAAUGCAGCUUCAGCUAUCCUUGGACCAAUAUCGCUUCCAGGAAGAAAUUGCCUGCUGGGCAAUCUGAGAGACAGCGUUUUUACCUGCAUCUCACCACUAUCUGAAAAAAAGGCAGUUGUUUGCACCGAAACUGGUGCUAUAUGUUUUCUGGAUGAUGUUGCUGGACAACAUAAGCUGCACUUCAUCAAGUGCCUGAAUAUAGGCAUUUUGUCUAUAACUGUUGACAACGAGUCCAAUAAUAUUUUUCUUGGUUGUCGUGAUGGCACAGUUCAACAAAUCUCCAUAAAAGAAUUGACUCCUGCCGUUCCAACUGAAAUUUUGACUAGUGAAAGAUCUCAAUCCCUCAGACCAAGUUCGCCAUCGACAAUAGCUAUGGGAAUAAUAUCCAAUCAUAUUGUUUCCGUUGAUUCUACUUGUGCUAUUCGAGUCUACCCUGUGUCUUUACUUGCCCAAUGCCAGCCAGGGGUUGACCAGCAAGUAGCUUUACCCGCACACAAGGGUCCCGUACUAGGCAUUGGCGCCGUUACCGCCCCGAGCUUGUAUUGCGGUGCACAGUUUUAUACAUGGUCUUGUAACGGCACCGUGAGUUUCUGGGAUUUAGAAGGGAAAUUCUACACUGGGAACCAAGUAGAAGUAGAACAGGUUACGGGGAAUGAUGAGGAUCUGAACGAGCUGAGAGUUGUAAGAACCACCGCAGACAUGAAAUUUUUUGUGUCCGGGGAUAAAUUCGGCGUGAUAAGGCUAAUCACCAGCGAGCCAUGGGCUUGUAAACACGCUGCCCGCGCACACGCUGGGGAAGUUACAGAUAUUGCCAUACAGCUGAGCCAGGACGUAUCCUUGGUGGCCACUUGUGGCAGAGAUAGGAUGGUUCAGGUCUUUCAGUAUAAUGGCGAGUCUUUCAACUUGGUACAAACCAUGGACGAGCACGUAGGCGCAGUUGGCCGCCUAUUAUUUACGCACGAAGGCGAGAAGCUACUGUCUUGCUCUGCAGAUCGCACUGUAAUCAUCCGCGAAAGAAAGAUGAAAGCGGAAAACGAUACAACAACCGUUGCAUUUCUCUUAACCAGAGUCAUUACGCUGAAAGCCUCCCCUAUUUCAAUGACAACUCUCUCGGAUGAACCGGAUAUACUUGUAUUAUCCACUAUUGACCGACAAAUUCACCGAUAUGACAUUCCUUCUUCCCGCCAUCUACACUCAUUUAAAGCCGCUGACCCGGAGACGAAUGAUACUGCCGUAAUAAGCUCCUUAGCUGUCGGCUCUGACAGCCCUGGGCUAAAUUCACGGCUACUGAUUGGUGUGUCUACCACUGAUAAGUCGAUCCGGGUCUACGAUUUCGCGAAAGAUACUCUAUUAACGCGAGAGUUUGGCCAUACGGAGGGGGUGAGCGACGUACUUUUGAUCGAAAACGGCAUGGGAGAGAGCAAGAAAAGAACUCUUGUGAGUACUGGGUUGGAUGGAAUCAUCAUGAUUUGGGAUCUGUCUACCCAACAUCAGCAACACCUAGAGGCCUCUCUGCCUUCCGUACGAGCAGAAGACGACACUCCAUGUAAGGAGUCGACGGCCGCAAAAGCGCCUCUGCGACGGAUACUCUCCCGCAGCGAGCUUGCGGGUUUUCAGAAAUUUGAUAACCCUUCUUCUCCAUCUCCAACUCCUUUCUGGGACCCAUCUCCGCCGUUAACUCGAAGAAGGAUUGCCAGACACGCUCAGUCUCAGUCAAAGAAUGGGAACACCAUAUCGUCUUCUACGGCUCCAACUACACCGCUCCAACCGUCCCGUCGAUCACCAACACUGUUUUCAGACACCAGUACUAAAGCCUCACGGGAUGGUUCUAUUUCUCCUUCAAGCCCUAAAGCAGGAUCAACCAGGACACUCAAUAUUAAGAAUAGCUAUGCAAAGCUACGCAGACCAUCUAUGGACUCGCGUCGCGCUAAAACAAGCGGGAAUGUCAGCGAAUUUGGAAGUCUGAACAUGUCUACAGAGCAAAUCUGCCGCUCCCUUAGAGCUUAUAGGAAGAAACUUCAGGGAUCAACUGACCAUCUUCACUCUGCUCCUGAGCUUGAGAGGGAACUCGAGCUCACAUUUCGAGCGCUUGGCGAACGCAAAAAAAGAAAUCAAGCAAGUGAAGACUCAACAGAUUCAGACAACAGCAAGCUAAUACCACCUUUGCCCUCAAAGCCAAUACGACUGGCUCGUCGGGUUCCAUCAACUCCAAAUCUUACUUAUUCAAGAAUGGGCGAUAAGAAACCCGACAAAAUGCAUCGCACCAAUUCUUUGGAUGCCAAUAGCAAAAAUUAA